AUGGUUAAUGUGCAAUUUGAUGACAAUCUAAAUUCUUUUCAAGUCAAGAAACCUGAUAUACCUCAAGGCUUUGAGAUUGUUAAACAAGAAGAACUUGAGUUGCCAUUUUUGUAUCAUGCACACAAAUUUGAAAAAAAGUUAUAUAUCAUUCUUAAGGAAAACCCUCUUGGUUGGCUACGGCGGAUUUCUGUUGAAAAUGUCAUAUUCAACAUCAAAAUGUGUUAACUAGACCAUGUAGAACUGUUUCAUAUGGUAGGUUGUUAUUAGUUACAAAUUAUGGCUGUAAGUUAAUAUUUUUUGUGUGGGUUCAUAAUAUAUUCUGACAACAUUAGGUUAAAUGUGAUUUUGUACCAGUACAUUUCACUUGAAUUUUUCUUGUGAAACAAUUUGUUGGGGUCUUGUGUUCAAGUUUUGUAAUAAUGUCUUCCACAGAUUACAGGUUAAUGUUUUGAAGUGUUAGUUCAGUAAAAAGCUUAAUUUGAAAAAUUGCAACUGCAUGCUCAUGCUAAUCACUUUACUAAGGUUGCAGUUGAAUAAAAUAAAAUUGAUAUUCAUUUAUUUCUUCAGGUUUUGUUGUGAGUGAAAAAUGCAAAUAAUUUCAUCAAGAUUUUCUGUGCUAAAAUAAAAAGCUUUGCCUCUUAAAACUAGCAUUAAAAUAAGAAGAUUAACCUUAAAAUUUCACCUAUUUCUGUGACUGCCUUAAAACGAUAUACCAAGUCUCGAAAAAAUGAUUAGCUUGUCAAAACCAUACUUGAAUCACAGUUUGCAGUUUUCAAGUAAGACUUCUAGCUCUUAAUUUAAUUUCCUUGGUACUGAUUUCAAUUUUAACCAACUCUCAGAGUGCCAUGUAGGGUAAUUCAGGACAGUAUUUGAUUCUGGAUUCCACACUGUGGAUUCUGGAUUCAAGGUGCUGGAUUCCAAAACACAGAAGAUUCCAGAUUGCUGGUUUGCUCAUAAUUUUCACAUUUCGUCUUCUAGGAAUGACUUUUAUGGGAGAUUACACUAUUGAAAGACAUGUUUGCAAACCCAUGUUUGUCUAUUUAUAUUUCCAUAACAACAUUUGAUAAUUACAAGAAAUAUAUUCUAGCAAGUUAAGGGAUUAAUUUUUCUUCUAGGAAUACCCGUUGAGAAUGUCCAUUUCUUAAGUCCAAUGUCCAUUCAUUUCACAUUUUUUAGCAACGCUGAGAGCCAAAGCCAUAUUUCUUUCAUUCAGGUUCCUCAAGAUUCUUCACAUGAUUUAACG